GGGCCGUCCCAAACCGCGUAGUGCGGUGGGGGAGUGGACUGUUCAGCCCUUAAAUAGCGAGUCUGCAUCGAUGCUCACUCUGGACAACUUUUUCAGGAAGUGCAACGUCGAAAUGGAGGAGGAAACAACAUAUCGGUUUUCCCAUCAGCAUGGAGCUGUCUCCACCUCCCCCCGGCCUCGAGUCAGAGUAUGCCACACUUUUCACCACUGACUCCCUCCACUUCCUGCAUGAGCUGAUCUCCACAUUCAACUAUGAGGUGGAUCAGAUCCUGAGGUUGAGAGUUUCCAGAAAGGCCCAUUUGGAUCUUUCUGGUGACUUGCCAAACUUCCUGGAAAGCACCUCUCAUAUCAGGAGGGAUCCAGCCUGGAGGAUGCUCCCCGUCCCCCGGAGGCUCCAGAAGAGACAUGUGGAUGUUGGGGAUCUUGCCCCCUGCGAUACUCAGCGCUUCAUUAAAGCUCUCCAGUCACCAGCACAAGGCAUACAGGUUGACUUUGAUGACGGAAACUGUCCGACGUAUUCCAACCAGAUACACGGCAUUCACAACGUUGUUCAGGCAGUGUACAACCGCUUCCAUGAUGUUCCACACAUAUCUCAGGCUCCGGUUCUGAUGCUGCGUCCUCGUGCCUGGAACAUGAUGGAGCACAACAUGAUGGUGGAGGGAAAGGAGACUCCUGGGCCUCUCUUUGACUUUGGACUUCUCAUGUUUCACUGUGGAAAGAAGCUGUUUGAGCACGAGAGUGGACCUUUUUUCUACCUGUCAAAGGUGGAGAGCUUCAUGGAGGCCAGACUGUGGAACAAGAUAUUCGUGUGGACACAGCAGAAGCUGGGUCUUCCGCUGGGCAGCAUCAAGGCGACGGUGCUGAUUGAAAACGUGCUAGCAGCGUUUGAGAUGGAGGAGAUUCUGUAUGAGCUGAGGGACCAUUCUGCAGGACUCAACUGUGGCAUCUGGGACUACUCAGCCUCCUUUGUCAAUAAGUUUGGUCACCGUCAGGCUUUCCUGCUGCCCGACCGCAGUAAAUACGUCAACAUGGAGAAGCGUUUUCUGCGCAGCUACAUGGAUCUGUUGGUUCAGACGUGUCAUCGGCGGGGAGCCCUGGCCACGGGAGGCAUGGCUGCUUUGCUGCUGCCUCAGGACACACUCAGUGACUCCCACCGGAGAGUGCUGGCUUCUGUCACAAGACUGAAGUUGCUGGAGAUCAGUGCAGGUGUGGAUGGCUUCAUGGUUUACGAUCUGAACCUGAUUGAGCCCAUGCAACAGCUCUUCAAGCUCCACACCGACGGAGACAACCAGCUUCAGCAGCUUGGACCUGACCUCACCGUGACUCCUGAUGACCUGCUGUCCAUGCCUUCGGGAGGAGUCACCCUUCAUGGUCUGAAGCACAACAUUGCAGUUGGUGUCCUGUUUAUUAAUGCUUGGCUGUCAGGUAAAGGCCACUUCGUCUACAGAGGACAGGUCGAAGAUUCAGCCACAGCAGAGAUUUCCAGAUCACAGGUGUGGCAGUGGAUCCAUCAUCAGACUCAGCUGGAGGACGACGGUCGGGUGGUGAGCAGGCAGCUGGUGGUCCACCUCACCAAACAGCUCAUGAUGGAGCUCAGCGCUCUCUGUCACUCUGUCGGGACCAAACAGAGGCUCCACACAGCAGCAGACAUGUUCCUGGAGGUGGUCCUUAGGAGACACUUCCCAGAGUUCAUCACCACCUACUUGAACCAGGACCACACCUUCCUCAGCUCUCAGAACACUGGACAGGUCCAGACUCUGGACUCAGACAUGGAGCGACCCAAACUGUGAAGGUCCAGCUGCUCGACCUCCCGUUCUCUGCUGAACACUUCAGAACCACUGUGGAUAUUAAUAAUUAUUCACAUUUUUUAAACUCAGUCACUAACAAGUCACAUGUAGAAAUACAGUCAUUGGUAAAAAAUAAAAAAUGUAGAUUUUUAAAAAAUCAUGUAAGGAAAUGCAAACAUUGGAUUCUAUCUGAAACAGUGUCUACAGAUAAAGGUGAUGCACUGGAACAGCACCAGAAGAUGAUGUCAUCACGUUUUAUUUAUGUAAUAUCAUCAAUAGAUGUAAUGGUCUUCUGAGGAUAAAAGUAAGUACACCCCCGGCCUCAAAAGUUAGUAUUACCCUCUUUAGCAGCAGACCUCUUGUUGUUGUUUUGCAGAGUUGUCCACCAGUCUCUGACAUCAGCUUCAUGAACGUUUGGACUGCUUUUUCUAGAAAUUUCCUUCAUUCACAAGAUGUUUGAGAGUUUCAUUCCAUGUUCUGCCCUUUUUAAAUCCUCUUCCAACACUUCAGUGGUAAUUAAAUCUGGACUUGGACUAGCCAAUCCCACAACCCUCCUUUUUCUUCUUUCUGAACCAUUCCUUGGUGAAUUCGUUGUGUGCUUAAGACCUACAUAGUGGAACCAGUGGCUGACAGCUGCCCAGUCCUGAUGGUAAUGAAGUGACCCUAAGCCAUAAAGUAUGAAGCCCCAUGCCUCUCUGGACUGUCCUGGACAAACUGAUAGUAAGACAUAGUGGUAUUAGUAUAAACACAGUGAUAUGAAUAUGUAUAGAACUACCAGCAAUAAAAGCUCCAGCAGUAUUAUGAACUUAUUUAA